AUGAGCUUAGAGGUCAAGGUUGAAGUUUUUCACAAAGAAAGAAUUACACCUUCCUCUUCAACUCCUCACCACCUUAGAAAUUUCAGCAUCUCAAUUUUAGAUCAGUUUUCUCCUUCAAUUCAUUUCCCUCUCAUUCUGUUCUAUCCCAACGAUAGUGAUACUCAUGAGGUCAAUCAUAUCGAUCGCCCAUGUUUGGUUGUUGAAAGAACCAAGCUUCUGAAAAGAUCACUAUCUGAAACCCUAACUCGCUUCUACCCCUUUGCGGGAAGAAUCCAGGAUCAUGCUUCAGUCUGUUGCAAUGACGAGGGAGCUAUGUUUCUUGAAGCUCGGGUCAACUGUCCCAUAUCAAAGGCAUUGGACAAACCCGAUCUUGAUUUUGAAAAAGAGUUGAUUCCUAAUUUACAAUAUGCUGAAGGAGACUCCGGCCAGGAUAUUCUACUAGUCCAGGCCAACUUCUUUGAAUGUGGCGGGGUAGCAAUCGGAUUCCAGUUCAAACAUCUACCGUUUCUGAAGAUUGCUAAUGAAAGGUGUACAACAAGGAGAUUCUUGUUUGAAUCCUCGAAGAUUGAGUCACUGAAGUCCAAAGCUGCCAGUGCUGCGGUGCAAAAUCCCACGCGGGUAGAGGUCGUGUCAGCGCUUAUUUGGAACUGUGCGAUGAAAGCAUCAACCGCAUACUCACGUUCUGCAAGACCAUCAUCAUCGGCAUGGUUGCAAACUGUGAACAUGCGGAAAAUAUUGGCGCAACCAUCACCGGACAACUUGAUGGGGAACCUUUUGGGGUUCUUUCCAGCAAUAUCUAUGAAAGGGGAAAGUGAGGAUGGUCUUCAAGGCUUGGUUGCUGCAAUGAGGAAAGGGACAAAUGAACUGAAGGUGAAGUAUGGUGCUAAUGGUAUAGGUGUGGACGAUAUAAGUAGACUCCUGAAAGAGUAUGGAGAGCUGUUGCAAAAGGGUGAUAGAGAGUGCUAUUGUUCCACCAGUUGGUGUCGGUUGCCUAUUUAUGAAACUGAUUUUGGAUGGGGAAAGCCAUUGGUGAAUAGUCCUGCAAUGGUAGAAAUCAAGAAUUUGACUACCUUGAUGGAUACCAGUGAUGGCGUGGCAUAG